GCGGACACGCUGUAUUUUAUCCCCCCGCCCGCCCCGCCACUUACAAAUCGCUGCUUUGCUGAAAACGAGUGCUCGGGAAUCUCACAGUGGACGCUCGGGGAGGUAUCAAGGAUAAAAGGCUGGGAUGAUUAGGUUCUGUUGGAGGGCUUUCAUCUCCCCUCCCCAGCACCCAGGACCCAUGUCCUGGAUGAAUUUAAAGCUGGAAUAUUUGGGAUUAGAUUUUUUUUGGGGACAAUCUCAGCUCUUGCCCUGGCACCGCAGUAUUGUGUCAAAUGCAUCGGAAUGCAGUUUUCCAUUUGCAUAAGUGCUGGAUAAUGAACCUGUUUUACUGUCCACCCCUUUUGGUUGGGGUGGGGUGAAGUUUAUUUGAAAGAUCGGUCCCCAUGGUCGGAGCUGAAUGUUUAAAAAAGUCCGUAUGCGUUUGUUUCUGUUUUGACCUUGUUUCAUUCCCCGUGUUUCCCACAGCACUUACUUUCAUCGCACUGAAGGGUCUGUGAAUCCAGGGGGACUGGGUGGUACAGCAGAUUAACCUUUCUCAUGAGUUCACAUCCGAGCCAACCUCGAGUAAGGUCUCGUUUCUGGGCAGCAGGCUAGGAGAGGGAAGCUGGAGGAGAAUAGGGGAGAUCUGGUUAAUAUGGAGCCAGCUCUGGACCGAAGUUCAUGAGUUCACCCAGCCUCAGCGACCUGGCCAAGAGCGAGCAAGCAGCUUUAGACGAGCGGGGGACCCAGCAGCGACGCGCCGGCUCCAACGCCACCUGGAACAGCAUACAGAAUGCUGUAAUCGCUGUCUUCCAGCGGAAGGGUUUACCUGAUAAUGAGCUCUAUAGUCUUAAUGAAGGAGUCAGACAGUUGUUGAAAACAGAACUUGGAUCAUUUUUCACUGAGUACCUUCAGAAUCAGCUGCUUACGAAAGGCAUGGUGAUUUUGAGGGACAAAAUUCGGUUUUACGAAGGACAGAAAUUGCUUGAUACAGUGGCUGAAAUUUGGGACUUUUUCUUUUGUGACAUCCUUCCUAUGCUCCAGGCAAUAUUUUUUCCUGUCCAGGGAAAGGAACCCACCGUUCGACAGAUAGCCCUGCUGCAUUUCAGGAAUGUUAUCACGCUGAACGUAAAGCUAGAAGAUGCUCUGUCCCGGCCACGUGCAAGGGUCCCUCCUUCACUCAUUCAGAUGCUGCUUAUAUUGCAGGGAGUUCACGAAUCUAAGGGUGUGACAGGGGAUUACCUCCGGCUCGAGUUGCUGAUACAGAAGGUGGUUUCUCCAUACCUGGGAACGUACGGAGUGCACACGGUGGAUGAACAAGCUACACACUCCGCGUGCCUUCUGGCAGAGAAACGAUUGCUUCCCCGCUGUUCCAAGUCAAAUGAAAUUCUGACCAAGAACCCAGUGGUGCGCUCCAAGAGCUACAACAAUCCGAUGUUAACCCCAGUCGCAGAAUACGAAAGCGAAGGAAGUCUGGUCAAUGGCACAAGUAUCAGAAGGCACUCCGUAUCAGAAAUGACAACUUGCAUUGAGUCUGAUGGCUAUUUAAAUCUCAGUCCCUGCGUCACAACCCCCAUUGUAGACCCAAUGUCAGUCAACACUGCCGCCGCAGCACAGAAUCACUUGCCUGGAGAGCAAGAGCGAGCGAGCAUACGAACCAUUAAUGAACUUCUCCAGUGCAAAACGAUGAGUGAGCCCAUCAUCAGCCAGCAACAGGAUUGUUUCCUCGUUCAGGCCCCGAGAGGUGACCAAGACGAUGCCUUUAAGUUAUCGAGUAGCCCUUCCAUGACACCUGCGGCAUCGUCCAGUCCUGAAAGCACAGGAGACAAUACUUUGGAAUCAGUGGGUACAGACUCUGAGGGGAUUUUUCUCGACUUCGGUCACAGAUGUUCCGAGACGCCAACAUACAACAGAGAGUUGAGCAGACAAAGUGUGGUGUGACAUUAAGAACAGCAAAACCAGUAAUGCAGUGACGCAAUAAAGGAAAGCCCCCACAACCACAGCCAAGCUGUCACUGUUGCAGUGCCAGUUAUUAGAUGUUGAAGUGUUUUUAAAUUUGUCAAACUGAAGGAGAAGAUUUCUGAUACACAAGUUGAAUUCAAAGUAUGGACCAUUGUUAAAACCAGCAACACCUAAUGUCUACAGCAAAUUUGUAAUACAGUAGCGCCUCGACUUGCGAACUUAAUCCAUUCCGGGACCCGGUUCGCGAACUGAAUCAAUUUUUCCCA